UGUCAGAAUGUUGGAUGGACUGAAAUUGGAAGAAAAUAUACAGAACGUCAUUCAAACUUCAGCAGCACUUUCCUCCCUGUUCGGUCAAAGCAUGGAACAGAAGUGGGUAUGUGAGGGAUGCGAACGGGCCAUUUGUGAUCGAUUUCUUCUCCGAAUAAGUGACAGUCUGUGGCAUGAACAAUGUGCCCAGUGCUGCACCUGCAAAGAGCCACUGGAAAGCAGCUGUUUCUACAGGGACAAAAGGCUUUACUGUAGGAACGACUAUGUGAAACUGUUUGCUGUGAAAUGUGGAUCGUGCCUAGAUACCAUCACACCCAGUGAAUUUGUCAUGAGAGCACAGAAAAUUGUCUACCACUUGGGCUGCUUCUGCUGCUGUGUCUGUGAUAGGCAGCUCCAGAAGGGCGAUGAGUUUGUUCUGAAAGAUGGACAGCUGCUGUGCAAGAGUGACUAUGAGAGAGAAAGAGACUUGCUCAGCCUAGUGAGCCCAGCAGCCUCUGAUUCAGGUAAAAGUGAAGAUGAAGAUGAUUCUGUGAAGUUUGAUGGCAGCAAGGGCACAGAGGAUGGAAAAGACCAAAAACGUCCCAAGAGGCCAAGAACUAUCUUAACUACGCAGCAGCGGAGGGCAUUCAAGGCUUCCUUUGAGGUCUCCUCCAAACCUUGCAGGAAGGUGAGGGAGACCCUGGCAGCUGAAACAGGCCUCAGUGUUCGCGUGGUACAAGUCUGGUUCCAGAAUCAAAGAGCCAAGAUGAAAAAGCUGGCAAGGAGACAGCAGCAACAGCAGCAGCAGCCGCAGCAAGAUCAGCAGAACCCAAGCCGCAUUCCCUCAGCUCAAACGCAUAAUUCAAGCAGCUCUAGUAUUGAAGGACUCAUGAAUGUUUUCACUACCCUGCCACAGCAACAACUUCUUUCCUUAGAGCAGAAUAUAUACAGUUCUGACCCAUUUCAGCAAGGUCUUACUCCCCCACAGAUGCCUGGAGACCACAUGCACCCCUAUGGUGGAGAAUCAAUUUUUCAAGAUAUCGACAGUGAUGACGCUUCCCUUAACAACCUGAGUGAGUGCCUUCUACAUGGACCAGAAUUAGGACUUAUACAGGGCAGAAUUGGAAACCCAAUUGAUCGCCUUUACUCCAUGCAAAACUCUUAUUUUACAUCUUGAAAAACCAAGCUUGGUGGCAGAGCAGAUAUCAUGAAGUCUUGAUGUUUGGCACUUUUUAUGAUUAUGCCACACUUAAUUGAAAUAAUAGCAAACUAUUUCCUGCCAAUGAUUCUUCUAAAGACUUGAAAGCUGAAAUAUUGUGUACACUUCCACUGUAAUAUUUUCUUGGGAACUACAAGCACAGAGAAUGCAAGAGUAAUGAAAACACUGGCCAUUUUUUGUGAGGCUGAAACCAAACAAACUCUUGGUCUGUUCAGCUGCUAUUAAGUCUACAGUACACUGAAUAUCCUGAGCUGCUGCUAUAAUCCCUACACUUGGAUUCUGGAUUUCUAAUUAGUUCUAAUAAUGAUGAUUAGUGUUACACUGAGUCUAAUCUAAAUGUUUCUCCCAACAUACAGUAUCUGACAUCUUCCAGGGACAAUAAAAAACCACUCUGCUACUGUAUCUUUGCAUGCAGUGUUACCAAAAGGAAUAUAUAAGAACUGUGCAACAUUGCUAACAACUGUGAACAUCACCAGCAAUGGUCCAACAUGAAUGCAAUUCUAUGUGAGUCCACUUUGAAACAAUACCAACACCUAAUACCUGAAAACCAGUCUUGCUAUAGAGAUAGAGAAGACAUAGUUGUUGAUACUCAUGCCAUGAGCCAUACACUGGAAAAUAGUAGACUGAUAAAUUUUUCGUAUCCAUUUUACUAACUGAAUUAUAUUGCUACAGACUGAACAGACAGGUCACAUUGUCUUUGGGAUAUAUAUUUAAUAUUGCACAUAUGUGCCCUUAACUUAUACAAAAUAGUAAUUUGCGUUAUAAUCUUGUAGUAGAUAGGAACAUUUUGUGUGAAAUUCUCUAUGUGAAUUAAAUUUUCUUGUGUUUCA